AUGCGGAAAACCUCCUCCAUAAUUAGCAUUCCUGUGCACACGUUAGCCAUGCUGAUGAUGCUUUCUUUCAUGUUAGCAUCCCAGUGUCCUACUGAUAUUCAAGGAUUAUAUUAUUGUUAUUGUGGUUGGAAUCAUUUCACCUGCAACAAUGCAAGUGUAGUUGAAAUAGACAUAUUUCGUCGUGAUGAAAGCGUACUGAAAAACUUACUCUUUUCAUCAUUUCCGAGCCUUGAGAGGUUAGAAAUUUCAAAAAGUAAUCUUGAAGGAAACAGCCUACACCAGAUUGGCUUGCUGAAAAAUCUGACCUAUAUUUCUGUCUCAUGGAAUUAUAACACAGGAGAUACCUUGCCUGUAUCCUUUACCAAUCUCACCCGAUUAGAAUACCUUGACCUUUCUGGUAACAAUCUCAGCGGAAACCUCCCAUCUCUGUUGUGA